CAAAAACCGCGCACACAUGACUAAAAACCGCGAUUUUUAGGGGGUAUUAUGGCAUUGCUUGGUGUUUAAGCUGCUCUCCGCUUUCAGCAGCCCGAAUGGACAAUCACAGCAGUAGUGUUGUUCAAAUGGAGAUUGAUAUGGGGAAGCUUCCAUUCGAUAUCGAUUUUCAUCCUUCGAACCCUCUCGUCACUGCUGGCCUAAUCACCGGUCACCUUCUUCUAUACCAAUACGCCGCCGAUUCACCACCACAGAGGCUUUUGGAAGCCCAUGCCCAUAGCGAAUCUUGCAGAGCUGUUCGAUUCAUCAACGAGGGUCGUGGAAUUGUCACGGGUUCACCGGAUUGCUCCAUUCUUGCCACGGAUGUUGAGACAGGAUCUGCAAUUGCUCGCCUUGAAAACUCUCAUGGGGCUGCUGUCAAUCGAAUAACUAACUUGACAGAGUCAACCAUUGCAUCUGGUGACGGUGAAGGGUGCAUUAAGGUUUGGGAUACCAGACAGCGUACUUGCAGCAACUCUUUCAAUGCUCAUGAAGAAUACAUUUCUGAUAUGACUUUUGCAUUCGAUUCCAUGAGACUAUUGGGAACAAGGAAUGGCAACGGGCCGGGGCGGGGCCGGAGACUACACUCCCCGUUCCCGAUCCCCAAAGGCUCAAAAAUCUCCGUCCCCGCUCCCAAUCCCUGGCGGGGAAACCCAUCAACUCUCCGUCCCCGUCCCCUAAAAAUUCCCGAGCUUUUUUUUGAAUUUUGUUCAACACAACAACAAAUCAAUAUAUAUCACUAUGUUUUGUCAUCAUCAACAAAUCAAUAUGUACACAAUAACACAAAUCAGACCACAAACAGAUUUAAAUUAAAAAAAAAUUAAUCUGAAAAAAAAAAUCAGUUUCUAACAACAAUAUGUUUCAUCAUCAUCAAUAAAUCAAUAUGUGUACACAGAUCAGAUCACACACAGAUUUAUAUUUUAAAAAAAAAAUUAUUCUGGAAAAAAAAAUUUGAUUUCAACAACAAUACCAGAGAGACAGAUUUGAGGACACAUAUCAGAUCACACACACACACACACAUACACACAGAGAGAGAGAGAGAGAGAGAGAUAACAGAUCUGAGUUCAGAUCUAACAGAUUUGAGCGAUGCCAGUGACCAGGCGCGAGAUCUACGGUGGCUGGUUGUGGCGGUGGGUUCGGUGGUGGUGGCGGUGGCGGUGGCCAUGAGGAAUAGAGAGAGACGAAGUGGAGAGAGAGAGAGGGGGGGUCAGGGCUAGCGGUGGUGGUGGUGUCACCAUGUCGGUGACUGUGAGAGAGAGAGUUGACAGAGAGAGAAGAGAGAGUGAGGGAGAAGAACGAGAGACACAGAGAGUUGAGAGAGUGAGAUGAGAGUCAGAGAAUGAAAGAGUGAGAUGAGAGAGAAAUAUAUAAUUAUAAUACAACUAAUAGGUAGUAUAUAAUAUAUGCGGGGAAGCUUCGGGAAAAUUUCUGGGCGGGGCCGGGGCCGGGAAAUUAAUCUCCGUUCCCGGCCCGAAAAUCAUCGGGGAUGUAUUUUUUAAUACCAGCCCCGGCCUUACGGGGAAUAAUUUUGGGGAAAAAAUCUAUUUAUUGGGACGGGGCGGUCGGGUCCCUGUCGGGCCGGGUUAAUAUUGGCAUCCCUAAUCUGUUUGCAACCUUCGGAGCAAUAAGGUAUAUUCAUUGGAAUGCUCUACUGCUUUAUUUGUUUGACCCAAGAUAUAUUGUGCUUCUUGACAUUUUCUGUCAAUUAAUUCUUGCUUCAUUAGUUGAUUCAUCUUCUAUACACUAAUUUCAGCUUGCUCUGAAUUUUCUGAAGAUGAGCUGCUUUCUGUCAUAAUCAUGAAGGUAGAAUUUAUCUAUGUAUGAAAUGCAUUCCUUUUAUAUUAUCUUUCUUAAUGUCCCCAUUGCAUUAAAAUGUAUGUUUUGUGCACAUCACUGGCACAUGCAUUGCACAUGAUGUUUAAGCAGACAGUUUGCUGUGAACAUUAUUGCACAUGUAAUAUGCCUACAAACAUUAGAUGUGGUAUCAAGGCAGUGUGCCAUCUUCACAGUUUUUCUUUUCCUGGUGCUAAACCUGCUGAGUGUUGUGACUGUUAAUCCUUGCUUUUAUUCCAUUCCUACUGAACAUGUUCUGGUGCAAAACAUGUUCUCAGCAAAUAUAGAUUAAUUUUUGCAUUUUAGAAGCCUGAUUUGUCUGCUGGGGACAGUUCUAUAUGAAUUACUAUUUCUUUUGCUUUAAUUUCUCCUAUUUUUCUAUUUCAUGUGUUUGAGUUUUGCAAUGCUGACUAUUACUUUCUUGUGAUCAGAACGGUCGAAAAGUUAUAUGUGGGACACAAACUGGAACUCUACUAUUGUAUUUGUGGGGAUUUUUCAAGGACUGUUCCUUUUUGUUUUUAUGUCCACAGUAGGGGAACAUUUGAUUCAGUAGGAAUUUUACGCUUUCAAUGUC